GCGGAACAGGUUUGCCGAGCUCGCGCUGCUGCAGCUGGACCGCAGUGACUGAGAGCGAUGCGAUGAGACUCCAACCAGACACAGGGCACCAGGAUGGAUCAGGCAGGUCUGAGGAGCAGAAGACGUCAGCAUCCUGAUCCCAGGAUUGACAUGUAACUCAGAGAGACAGACAGUGGGAGAGGGAAGAGAGAGAAAACGCAGGUUGUUAGAAAUACGCUGAUUUCUGAAUGUGAAACAGAAAGGUGUUGGCAAGUAAUGUGCAGUACCUGCCUGCACAUCCAUUCCGACCAAUGAACAAAAGCCUUUUACUGAAUGCUCAGAGUAUCUCUUGGAGGUUACAAAGAUGUACCAAAUUGUACCAGCGACAGCUGGGGAUAUUGGCCUUGGUGGCAUGCGCGAGUACAUGCCGCCAAAGAAAAGAGUGGAUCGGCGUGGACGUCAGCUGAUUGCAUCAAGCUUGUUUGGGGCAGUGCUAGUCAUUGCAGCAGUGGCAGCUUGGUGCUAUUAUUUUGUGUCUCUCCGUAAGGCAGAUCUGCUGAAGACUGAACUGCUAGAACUCAACAAAGAUGGCUUUGUCAUCCACAGUCAAGCUGGAGCAGUCAUCUUCCGAAUGGCAUUUAGGUCAGGUUCCCUUGAUUUGGACUCGUGCUCGAAGGAAGGCAGAAUUCUGAGUUGCAGCCGAUCCAGUGGAGGAAAGCUUAAUUUCUUCAUUGAAACUGUGAGACCCAAGGACACAGUGAUGUGUUACCGUGUGCGCUGGGAGGAGCUUGAUGUGUACCGUGCUGUAGAACAUGCCAUGGCCUAUAAUGGCUCUCACUGGUAUGGUGGGGCAGAGUCCUGGUCCCAGCACUGGCCGAUUGUUUUUGCGGGAAACCAGGAACCCAAACCUUUCAUUACUAGUGAUGUCAGUUCGAAUCAGCCAGAUUUUGGGGGCAUCCUGGAGCGCUACUGGCUCUCUUCCAAUGCAACUGCUAUCAAAAUCAAUGACUCGGUCCCUUUCCAUCUUGGCUGGGAUGAGAACAGCAAGAUGCUGCGAUUCCAGGCACGGUACGACAACAGUCCAUAUAAGCCUGACCCUGCACUGCCUGUCCAUGCUGAGCUGAGCUAUCGGGUUUGUGUUGGGUAUGAUGUCACUUCUAUACAUAAAUACAUGGUCCGUCGUUAUUUUAACAAACCCAAUAAAGUUCCUUCAGAGGCGGUUUUUAGGUGGCCAAUUUGGUCCACAUGGGCCUUGCACAAGACUGAAGUGGACCAGGAGAAGCUACUGACCUAUGCGUCUGAGAUUCAAGCACAUGGCUUCAACUGCAGUCAUCUGGAGCUGGAUGAUCGAUAUACGAUAAGCUAUGGAGAGUUCGAAUUUGAUCCAGUCAAGUUCCCUAAUGCAACUCGUAUGUUUCAGAAACUUAGAAAUGAUGGGUUUGAAGUCACCCUCUGGACCCAUCCCUUUGUGAACUACAACUCCACUAACUUUGGAGUUGGAGUGGAAAGGGGGCUCUUUGUGCGAGAACCUACUGGCGAGUUGCCUGCCUUGAUUCGGUGGUGGAAUGGUAUUGGUGGCAUUUUAGAUUUCACCAAUCCAGAAACCCGCGAGUGGUAUGCCUCACACCUCCGUGCCUUAAAGAACAAAUACGUGAUAGCUUCCUUCAAGUUUGAUGCUGGGGAAACCAGCUACCUGCCCCAGCAGUUCAGAACCUUCAUGCCCCUGCAUGAUCCCAGUGUAUUCACUCGCCGCUACAGCGAGAUGGCGAUCCCCUUCAGUGACCGUGCUGAACUGCGUGCUGGGUAUCAAUCCCAGAACAUCUCCUGCUUCUUCCGGAUCACUGACCGUGACUCAGUCUGGGGCUACGGCCUGGGGCUCAAGUCAAUCAUCCCUACUGUGCUAACUGUUAGCAUUCUAGGUUACCAGUUUGUUCUCCCAGACAUGAUUGGUGGAAAUGCUUACCCAAACCGCACUGAAGGAAAUCGGGGACUCCCUGACCGGGAGCUCUACAUCCGCUGGCUGGAACUGCUAGCAUUUAUGCCAACUAUGGAGUUCUCCAUCCCACCAUGGCUGUAUGACGAUGAGGUUGUAGAGAUCGCUAGGAAGUUUACAAGACUUCAUGAGACCCUGGUGGCCCCUCGAGUGCUCGAACUUGCUGGAGAAGUGUUGGACACUGGAGAUCCUAUCAUUCGCCCUCUGUGGUGGAUCGCUAUAGGCGAUGAGGCUGCCUACAAAAUCGAUUCACAGUUUCUCAUAGGGGACGACCUUAUGGUAGCACCAGUUCUUGAGCCAGGCAAGCAAGAGAGAGAUAUUUACCUCCCAGCAGGCAGAUGGAGGAGCUACAAGGGUGAACUUUUUGACAAAGGGCCGAUGCAUCUUACUGACUACCCUGUGGACUUGGAUGAGAUUGCCUACUUUGUGUGGUCAGGAUGAUACAAACAUAAAAGGGAAAUGUUUGUACAACAGACCCAAAUGGCUGUUUCACUUCUACUGAACAAGCACACUUUCUUUCCUCAUGUUCGUGUGCCUUGUAUUUGGUAUGCCACUGUAACUAGCAUUCGUAAAAUUAUAUUUGAAUGUUUUCUUACAGUUUAACAAAUUUGUAUACCUCUCAUUAGAAACAAAAAUGUUCAGAAAUGGAAAUUGGGACAGUGGAAGAUACCACUUUUGAUUUUACCUGUUGAGAGAAAUGUACGCUUUAUCCUUUUAAGAUUGAAGUUCUGUCACAUGUUCCUGGUAGUCCUGGAAAUGUAUUAAUUUUGUACAGUACCAGUCUAAAGUGUGGACAUACCUACUAAUUUGUAUGAUUUUUCUCCAUUGUAAAACAAUCCUGAAGAUAUCAAACUAAGGAAAUAACAUAGAACAUGUAUAGAAUUAUGUGGUAAACAAAAGUCCAUCCAUUAUUUGUAACCGCUUAUCCUGUGCAGGGUCGCGGGCAAACUGGAGCCUAUUCCAGCUGACUAUUGCCGCUUUUCCACUACAAACGCAGCUGAGCCGUGCGGUGCUGAGUCGAGCUGAGUCGAGCUGAGCGGGGCUGUUGGAGUUGCAUUUCGACUACAACCGCGCUGAACCGUGCUGGCUGGAAGUGGGUGGACACAUUGGGUGGAGUUAGCGAAAGUGGGUGGACGUCACGUGAUGUCGUUAAGCAGCGCAAACAGUGACAUCAGUGAGCUUUUAAGCGGUAGUCUCACGACCCGGAUAGUAAACAAUAAACAUGGAGGACAUGGAGUCGUUAGUGUUGCUGGUCUUGGUGCUGUGGCUUGUCGUCACCGACAACGCCAACAGAUACUGGCAAGAGCGUAUAGAUGAGGCGAGGCGCAUAAGGCUUCAGAAAUUCUCGUAAUUCGUAAUUAUUCUUCUUCCGGGUUUGCGGUGUGUACAGAUCCCAGCGUGCUCGCGGGGCGUGUGUGGGCAUGUGAGGACACUCCUCCUCACCAAUCAGUGCACAGGGGAGUGUCUGCUCACGCCCCCAGCCUCACUCGGCUCGCUUUGGCUCGCUUCAGCCCUACUCCAAAACGGUGCGAGUUUUAGGGGCUAAGCAGGGCUGAAGCGAACCGAGUCGUGCUGUUUUUUGGUAGUCGAAACGCGAGCCGUGUCGGGCUGAAGUGAGCUGAAAAAGGGUAGUGGAAAAGGGCCAUAUGGCUGAGAGGCGGGGUACACCCUGGACAAGUCACGAAAUCAUCGCAGGGCAGACACAGAGACAAACAACCAUUCACACACAGUCAAUUUAGAGCCACCAAUUAACCUAACCUGCAUGUCUUUGGACUGUGGGGGAAACCAGAGCACCCAUAGGAAACCCACACAGACAUGGGAAGAACAUGCAAACUCCACACAGAAAGGCCCCUGUUGGCCCCUGGGCUUGAACCCAGAACCUUCUUGCUGUGAGGCGACCGUGUUCACUACAACACCACCAUACCACCAAUAAACAAAAGUGUUAAAGAAAAUCCGUCUCAUAUUUUAGAUUCUUCAAAGUAUCCACCGUUUACCUUGAUGCUUUGCACACUAUUAUCAUUAUCUUAACCAGCUUCGUGAGGGAGUCACCUGGAAUGCUUUUCAAUUAACAGUUGUGCCUUGUCAAAAGUUAACUGGUGCAAUUUCCUGCCUUCUUAAUGCAUUUGAGAUCAAAUAAAUAAUAAAAAUACAGUAAAUAGCCCUAUUCCACAACUGUAGUAAUCCAUAUUAUGUCAAGAACUGCUCAACUAAGUAAAGAGAAACAUCAUCCAUCAUUACUUUAAGACAUGAAGUGUCUCUUAAUUAAUAAAAAUAAAGUAAAAAAAUUGAAUUAAAAGGUGUGUCCAAACUUUGGAAUGGCACUGUAUUAGAAAGGAACCUACAAAAUGGAGAGGGACAAAUGUAAAUUCUGAUCACAUUCCAUUAUCACAAGGAAAGUGAAUGUUGUAGUGGAACGCUGGGAGUUUUACAUAUGAUGGUACAUUACUACCUGGUUUGACCAGCAAUGCAUUAAAAAGAAAGCACAAUAGGAAACAUCAGACCUCAGUUAAUAGGAAACAGAAGUGUAUUUUUUUUCUGUUUUCUUUAGUAUUCUUGAAAAUGUCCAAAAACUACUGACCAUGCCAUACAGAGGGCGAGUAUUCUGAAACUGCUCUAAAGACACAUGAUGUACAUAGUAUACAGCAUCACCGUGAAUAUGUAAACAAGUUAUUCAUGUUCAGGGUUUUUUUUCCUCCCGUCUUGCUGGUUAUUAAUUUUGUGAGUUGCAUUUUAUAUUGUUUUGUGUGCUUUUUGCUUGCCGUUGCUUCAACAAUUUAAGGUGAAUGACCGAGCAGUAAGAUUUAUUUAUAAUAAAUCUGAAGUGGCUUAGAAGCCUGAAUUGGGGAGAAAAAUGAUGUCUGUAUUCCACUGAUGGUACUGUGAAUUAAAUUCCUUUCCAGAUUAUUUAAACAGCAAGAGAUAAUCGAACCAUCCUCUGUAACAAAGUAAUAUAAUCCUUCCCUGUCAGAUUUAAACUGGAAAGUUGUCAAGUCUAUUUAUUGUUGAUUGUUUGCAAAUAAACCUACUUUUCAAGAUCA